CGUACGCGUUCGCUUCGCACGUGUUUGCGUCUCCCGCCGCCGUCGUCGUGCAUAUCCCGUCGCUUUACGCGCCUGUCCACGCGCGCGGCCGCGUGUUUUUAAUUUGAUUAAUUUAAUUUUUUUUUUUUUUCAUCCCCGGAAUUUUUCCCUUUUCGGGCCGUCCAACGAUUGAUUAUACACCCGAUCGGUUUCGGAUAGAUUAAUUUUCCCGGCCCUCCGCCCCUCGUAACAGCGACGACCGUGCCGGAGGUACUCGGCUGUGAUGUUGCGUACCCGCGAUCCCACGGCCCGCCGUAAAUAUUAAGUGGGGAAAAAAUAGUCGGAAAACUCCCCGGUUACAUAUAAUAGUAGUGGAAAACUAGUAUUGGAUAUUCUGCGGUACGCCCGCGUAACACGCGUCGUCAGACGUCGCCGCCGUCACCACCGUCCCUGCCGCAGCGGUCCGCCGCGAUGGCCGUCUGCAAAUCCAUCGCCGUCGCCGCACUGUGCAGCGUUCUCGUGACGACAUUGAUGAUGGCCACCGUCGCGUCGGCGGCCAGGAAACACUCGCCCCUGCUCGAAGACAACGCCGUGCCCAAAAAGCCGUACCGCGUGACAGGUACCUACAGGGAUAACACGUAGUCUAUUAAUAGUCGUUUAUUUUUAUUCCUCGGUCCCGCAGGGGAAAAGGGCUCGAAUCAAUUUUUCGGGUUUCCGCUCCCCCCCCCUGCAUGAUUUUUUGCCCAGUUUAUUUUUCGGUCCAAGCCGCGCGUGCGUUUCGAAAACGUUUAGCGCGCGCAGCGUAUUAGUGCGGUUUUCGAAAUUUAACCGACGCAUUUAUGAACACGCACACGCGAAACCCGCAAGCCCCGUUUCCGCCGGGACCCGACUACCGCAUCGUCGUCGCAAUGACGACGUUCGGCGUCCACAAUACCGAAAUACACGCACUUAUUUUCCCGCCGGCGGCCCGGAUGAAAGAGACGGUCAUUGUUUUCGGUAAACCGAUUUUUGGCAUUUUCACAAAUAUGCCACCCUCUUGCGCGGCCAUAGGACGCGCGCUAGAGCGUGAGCCAUACAACGAUUUAUUCGUUCCGAUUAUAUUUUUAGCGUCCGUAUAAUAUCAUUAUCGCCGUUUAUCACCGUGUGUAUCUCCGCAAGAGAUAAUAAUAAUACUGUAUGUCUGUACGAAAUUACAUUUUUAUCUUCGUGUGAAUUAUUAUCGCGCUCGUGUAUUUUUAAUAGCAUGAAGUCCGUGCGCCGUCUUCGAAUUGUGAGGGCUUAAUUACCCGGUACCUAUUAGGUGCCCGGGCUCAAUCCUUUCGAAAACACAAACCGGUAAUAGGGGAAUUCAUGGACGCACGUGUCUGUCCGUUUCUCCGGGUAAUUUGUCUUUGUAAAAAAGGCUACUGUUGUUCCCGUUGUCUGUGCGCGACCAAAACUAAUCAUAAUGGGCGACCGUUUUUUCGCAUCCGCGUCGACUAGCUAGGUUAGCGCAUAAAUCGACCCGAAAAAAAUUCAAUUAAAUUUCCGUUCCAAAUAUACCCCGUAAACCCUGCGAUGGGGUCAGGCGGGGUCGAAUUUCCAAACAAAAAGUGUACGUAUCGAAUUUCGUUGUAAUUCGAUGUUAAAUUUAAAUGCGAUUUAAUGAUCGAUGUAUCUGUUUCGAACCAUUUGUUCGUUUUAGAUAAAUAAUAAAACGCGUAUUGCGGGCACACCAUUGUGAACAUCGGUUUAUAUAGUAUCGGUGUCUACUUGCGAUUUCCAAUUGUAUUCUUCUCACUAUUAAACAGAAAACAACGCGUAAAAACCGAAUAAAAACAAACAAAUAGAAAAACGGGAACAAAUAAUAGAUACGUAAUCAAGUACAAUUGAUUGUGUAUGGUCGAUAUUUGGUGUUCAAUAGGUGUAAACUGUUAGGCGUUGUGUAUUAAUGUAAUCGAGUUUAUCACAACAACACGUGUUCCGGGCUUAACGUUUUAAUGGUUUCUACGGGUAGAAAGCGCCGUGCACUUUCCGCCCGUGUGUUUUCCGCUCAACGUUUUUUUCGCGCCAUUUACGCCGGUUAUCGAAAUCCACACCCUUCGAGAUCGAUACAAGGUCGGCUGUUUGCUCAAAAUUGAAAAUCAUACAAAUUGUUUAAAGCUGUCGAAUUUGUAUACGAGUAGUUUUGAACAAACGAUAAUGACGAUAGGUGUGGUUAUAAAUAAUAUUUCACGUAAUUAUAUACGCUUAGAUUUUCCGUAAUAACUAAUAUGCAAUACACCGAAUUCAUCAAUGGAAGGCUUGAGCUUGGAAUGUACGUACCGGCGCGAAAGAAAGAAAACGCAUUUUAAUCGUCAAACAUAAAAAUUUGAACACAAAAAAAACGUUUAUUAAAUUUAUCGUUCGUUCAAAAAUCAAAUUAUUGGAUUGGACGGUUAUAAAACAUGUAUACCCAUAAUGUGUACUCGUGAGUCAAGCGUAUUAAGUUAUAACAAUGAAUAAAUCGACAAGCGUGUAUUGGUUUAAUCGUAAUAUUCAAUAAACGUGAUUUCCCGUGGAUUAAUAAUUGUAAAUGUCGAGCGGACGGUCCGUGAAAUUUCAUCGGGCGGAGAUGACGGGCGGAAAUGGCGCGCGAAAGGCUACCGGCGGGAAGUGCUGCGCGCCACCGGGGGCCUAAAACGCGGGGCAUGAUACGAACGUACAAACUUCAAACGUCAACUCCGCGUACGUUUAUCGUAUUUAUCGUAACAAUACUUAUUGUGCACGUACACGCCAUUGCGGAAUUCAACGCGGAAGUUAUUCGCUCCGAGUGUUGUACGUACAAGCACGACAUAGAAAAGUAUUACAAUAUUAAGGGCCGUGCGUACUGUGCGCGCGCAGGACGUGCAUAGACGUAGGGCCAAGGGCGCUAAACUGCAGCACUCGUUCCGUGUGCUUUUUUCAGAAAAAAAAAAAAAGGAAAAAACUAGGUUAGGUUUACCGAUUAUUGUGCGUUUACUCAAAUGUGCAGUGUCUCGGUCAACGGCUUGACAGAAAUCGAGAAAAUUCCAACACUCGAAUUUAUUUUAACUAAUACUCCAUCUAUUUAUGAAAGUUUUAAUACAGGUUGCCGUUUGAAAAUCCAAAGCAGGUAGUAGUUUUAGCCCCGGGAACAACGUGAAUAUGCGAUUGUAGAGCGGCUUGUUUCUCAAAUGUUCUGGCAAUCGAAUUCCGGAAAAAGUUAACACUUUCCGAGAUAACGAGCGUGCCCGCUUAAAUGGAUCACCCGGUAUGUGUGGUAUACGUUACACGACCCCGCGUAAUACGUCCGCAGAAACGGCCCAAAUGUAUACAUAGCAACACCUAUAAUUUACGCGCGCGACAACCGUACCGUACGAAUAUGUUUGAAUUAUUACUCGGGCGAUUACCCUGCCUCCCGCUCGCACGCGCGUAUACGCGACUCCGAGUCCCGACGCGAUGUUAUCCCGAACGCGCGUGCCCGUCCAAAACCGCAAUAAUCGCAAAGGUAUCCCCGUACUGUGAGAUACUGUGCUCUAAUAAUAAUAAUAAUAAUAAUAAUAAUAAUACGCAGUCGGAAUUGUGCGUACCGUUUAUUACGCGUACCCGUUUAAUUGGAAACGUGGGGAUUCUCAAAAAGGAAAAAAAAAACUCGCCCGAUUUGUCUUAAAUUUUUUCGCGCGUUACCUGCCGCGGGCGCGAAAAUUAUCACAAUAAUUUUUAUGGCAUAUACAGGGCGAUUCACUAAGCCGUGCUCACCCCAUUUUCUCGGUUGAACAGUGCACGGUAUUCUGAUUUUUGGAAUUUUCAAGCGUAAAUCAAAGCCGAUAUUUUCGAAUACUUGGAUUUUUCACAACAUUUAAGAAGUACGUCCUUGUGGCGAUAACAACUUUGGUUUUUCAAAUGAGAACUUGGGUGUAUUAAAAAUGCCAUAAAUUUCGGUGCCAAAAUGUUUGAUUUCCGUCAACCCGUUAACGAGACAUUCCACUUGUGCAAAAAUUAACGAAAAAAAAAAUGAGGUGAGCACGUUCAGUAAAUCAUCGUUUCGGGACAAAUAUUUAAUAAGAUGAACAAAAAAAAUUUAAAAAUAAAGGAACUGCGCAAACAUCGAUAUUUAUUGUACGGAUUUAGAUUACAGAAAAAUACAAUUGUUAAGAGGACGCGAUACUCGCGUUUAUAUCUAUACCGUCCAUCGGUCUGGCGGCAUAUUUUGCGAAAUUAUACGUGACUUAGAUUGUGAACCGUGGCGUUUAGAUGGAAUUAUUAUUAUCGAUAGUUAUAAACACACAAAGGUGACAUUUAAAAAAAAUAUACUGUUUUUGAGGCGGCUGCGUUGUUCUUAUUUCCUAAAAAAUAUCGCCAAACAAAAGAUAAGCUAUUUUGAAAAAAAAAACAAAAACUAACGUAACUGCUGUGAUGUUUUUGUCUUCUCGAGACAUUUCGAAGAUAACGCGAUGUAAAAAUUAUACUCAUUUACGAAUAAGAGAAAAAAAACCGAUACUGCUGGUGUGCCAUUGUUUCGGGAGGAAAGUUGGAAGGUAAUUUAGUAUAUUUAACGGUUUGUCAUAUUAAUCGUAUUUUUUCUUUACUUGUGGUCGAAGCAACCAAAAAAUCGACAAAAAUUAUAUACAACAAAUUUGCCGGUUUUCCCUUUGAAAAAAAAAAACUACGAGGAAAAAAAAAUUUAUGUUCUCAAUGCAUCACCUAUGUACAAAAAAAAAUCUACGAGAAAGUUUCUACACAAUUUUUGAUUGGAGCAAGAUUUCCGGUAGAAAAUUGACAAAAAACAACCGCAUCAUAGUAAAACCAAUACAAUCCUUCUCGCUUCGCUCCGGAUGAAAAAAAAAAAACAAUUUUUCGUUCCUUGGCAUGGCGAGUCGAAUAUAUUUACGCGAAUUAUUAGUAACGGGUGUUUUGUCGCUAAAACCAAUUGUAAAGGUCUUUUUGUGCGUUGUUUUACGCGCGCGAACACGUUUUUGAUUGUAUGAUAUCAUCACCCGUCCGAAUGACGGAUAACUGAAAAAGGCUGUUGCACGUGUGACGGGCCUCUCAAAUAACCGCGAUAACAAUGGCGCGAAUAUUUUCGUUUUGAGAACGUUAAAAAAAUUAAAUAAAAAAUUCGUAGAAACUGCGGCGGCAGUCAUUUACUGUUUAGUUCGUCAAACUUCGAUUUUCUAUAUAAUAUAAUAUUAUUAUCGUAGUUAUUAUUAUUAAAAAAAAAAAACCGUUAUAAUAUUUUCGUAUUGUUCGUCGUCCGCGUAUACAUGUACUGACGGCUACUUAAAAAUAGAUGUACAAAAAAAAAAAAAAAAAACGAGAAGGUAGAUUGACGCGUUAUACUAUGUUAAUAUAUGCUAGUGGGAUACACACACACAUAUACACACACACACACAUACUCACACACAAACACACACAAGCGUGCGCGCGCGUGGUCCAUUCCAUAGGAUACAAAAAAUAAAACCAGGAAUAGCGUGUGGAUAAUUGCGAAAAAAAAAAUAAACGUGACACGUGAAUGGCACGUAUACGUAUCGUGUGUGGAAAUCGAUAAGAAACGAGACAAAUACCUAAUAAUAUAUAGGUAGGACAUAUUAUGAACGAUAACGUUAUUAUCUUCACUUAUUUUGAAAAAAAACACACGUGCUCACAUAUAUAUAUAAAAAAUAAAUAAAUAAAUAAAGUAUUAAAAUCAAAGCUCCAUAGUUGUAAUUGUUACCUACAAGAAAAAUGUAAUAACACUGAACAGAACAAAAGUUAUUGGAUCUCCGCGAGACGUCCUGUAUGUAUAAGAAUCGUAAUGUUACUGCGGUAUCUUAAACGUGCAGCAGACGUACCUAAACGGCCGUUUAUUUAGAUGUGUUUAAAAUAAACCACCGUUAAAUAUUGUUUUUUAGUAGUGUUAGCAAACAAAACGUACAAUUCAUUUUUUACUAAAAAAAAUAAAAUAGAAAUUCAUUCGUUUUAUACGUGAACGUUAUCUUUACACCGGCUAAACACCAAUAUUAUUUUAAUCUCAUUUAAUCCAAAAAAAAAAAAAACUACAAAAGAAAUCAAUCGACUUCCCCAAUCAACUAGACGACAUUUUCUUACGGAAUAGAUGCUACACUUAAAAAUCGGAGUGAAAUUCCGAAUAUAAAAACAAAAUCGAAUUCAAUGAAAUCGUUAUUAUUAUUGCUCUAAAUUUUUUUUUUUUUAUAUAUUUUUUUCCUGUUUUUCCUGAUUAUUGAGUAAACCGUAAGGAAAAUCAAUAAAACAAUCAUAGGUAGAAUAAUGUACCGACUGGACUAAAUUUACUUUCAGAAAUUAUACUACACUCUGGAAUCGGAGCAAGAUUUCUAGUAGAAUAAAGAUAAUAAAAAAUGUACGAGCACUGCGACAUUGAAAAAAUUCGCUUUGGAAAAAUCUCAAACGGCCUUUAUAAAGUAAAUUUCGUAUUAAUAUAUGAUUUUAUUUUAUCUGAAUAUCGGUGAACUCGCUUGAUGAAUAAAAACUGUAUUCGUGUUAACUUCAAAAUGCCCCGAAAUCGAAUAUAUAUAAGUAUAAUUCGUAUUUUGCUCAUUUUUUAAAACGCAAAUUUCUAUAUUGCUUUAUGGGUAAAUUUUCCAUCCGAAAUGUAAUUAUUCGACCUGAUCUGUUGGGAGGUUGUUGGAUAGCAACACAUUUAGAUUGCGUUGAAUAAUCAAACGUAAUUAUAUAUUGCGUAAUAGAUGCCCCGCGGCGUAAAUUUAAAUUACGGCAAAUAAGAACUGAUAACAAAAUAAAAUUGUACAUACCGAAAUAUCCGUAAAAUUUUCUUAUGGAUCUGACGUUUAAUUUAGUUGGCGAAGUUAGAAUUUUUGAACGAUAUCCGACAGCAUAAUGUUAUCAAUUUGGAGUGUAUAUAUUCGGUAUGUCACGGCUAAUGUUUAAAAUUGGAUAGUGACAAAUUUUCUUACGGUAAAUCCAAUUUUAUGCUGUUAAUGCAUUGAUACGCUCGCACGCACAACCUUAUAGGCAUGCUCGGGCCGUAUUAAAAAAUGUAUCAUUUCGAUGAAACGACACUGAAUUUCUGAAGGCACCCUGAUAUUUUAUAACCGUAUACCACUUCGGUUGUUCGGAAAAUAAUAGGUGUACAGGCUGAAUAAGUUAUAAUACAAGGAAAAAAAAUUAUACCGACCAACUAAUACGUCCUACGCUGAAUAGAUCCGUCCAUAUUUGUAUAACAAUAAUAUUAUGUUAGUUGUGAUAGAAUUGUGACUACAUGAAAAUAUAUAUACUCACGGUAAAAUAAUAAUUGCUAAUAAAUUAUUAUUGCGGCGUGUUGAUCUUGAGCGCAAAUGUGAAAUAAUUAAAAAUUUUAAUAUCUUAUUCGGUAAAAUAAUACAAAUAACGUGAUGAAUGACGUUUAGAUAAUUAUAAAAAUUGUAUUGCUCGUAUAAAAUAUACAAAACGAAUAAUAAUAUUACGUAUAUUUGCGGAUCGGCGGAGGUGCGCCGUCAUCUGGAGAAUCGGAUGUGAUGGGUGUAUAGUAAAUAAUAAUCGCGAAUGUAUCGUAGAAUCGUUUUCUUCUUGGCUACGGUCAAACGGUUCUUUUCUUCACCUAAAGGAAGGAAGAAUGGGGUAUUAGGGUAAUUUUACCAUAAGGUACGAUUUUUGUUUGCUUUUUGUAUAAUAUUACGUAUUAUUAUAAAUAUUGAAAGCCACGGGCGGGGGAUAUAUUCCCCGUUUGAUCGCCCCUGCUUCUUAUAAUAUACAAGUAUCAGUAACCCGACGACGGGUCCAAAGCCGGAUCCGAAAAUCCAAAAAAAAAAAAUUCAAUUCGCUUAAUCAAUUAACUAUAUUUACCUUGUGACUUGCACGGACAAAACGCACGUACGCAAAUACAUUUCAAAAUUAAAAUAAAUAAAUAUUAGAUAAAAUAUGUCUAAAACUCCCUCUUCCCGUGCAUUCUUCUGUCGCGGACGAAUAACUCGAUAAUUUUUCGACGAAAUAAAAUUUAAUUUUUAAAAAGAAGAAAAAAAUGUCUAGUAAAACUACUUAUAAUAUUUUUCGAAACAGACGGGCGCAUAUUGCAUCAAUGGCACAGAUAUUACCACUACCUAUAUAUUAUUAUUAUUUUUAUAUGAUGGUAUUUAUUUUAAUAUUGAGUAUCGAUUAUUUAAUGAAAUCUAUGUAAUAUAAUAUAUAGACGAGUUAUAAAAAAAAAAAAAAUCAGUAUCUUCCGUCAACAUAAAUAUUAUUGGCAAUGACGUGCGCGGGGAUAGGAGAGGUUGCGAUUUUACCCUCCCCUAUAAUUGUCUCGUCAAUACAACAACUAUGUGUAUUUAUUUAGUAAUUUAUAAUCUCGAAAUUCAUUAUAUACCUACGUACUUCAGACUUGAUGUAACCGCUAGGAAAAAGCUCGAUUAAUCGAAUGAAAAUUGCCUUUUUUUUUAACCCGGCUUUUAAAUUCCCGUUAUCGGGAUGUAUAUACUUAUCCCAUAACUUACCUGCCGUUGAAAAUGUCCGGCACGCCAUUGACUUUGUAUGGGUACCUACCGGUUAAUUUUACCGUUGAAAUUAGAGCCUACGCCUGUUUGAAUGACCACGGAUGUAAUAUUAUACAGGUAAAGUAUCAGGCGGUGAAUCGUUAAAAAAUUUUGUCGACCUCAACACACAAAAAAUCGAAGUUUUGUGGUGUGUUGCUAUAAAAAAAAAAUAUAUUGAAUUCGAAUCAAUAUGUUUUUAUUUUGCUUGCCAGGUGGCUUCGGGAAAAAAUGGGUGGCGUUCCUUAGAUCCAAAUAAGGAUACAAUCGUCGAAGAUUAUCUUCAAGACCUUAAAUCGAGAUUUUUAGUUUUUUUUUAACAAGGUGGGUCAAAUUUUGAUGGUAGGUCAAAAAUAUAUUAUGACCAUAACCCCAAAAUUAUAUCGCAAAACGUGACGGUAAAUAUUAAUCAAAUUAUUAUAAUUUCCAUUUGAUUUUAACCCGAGCUGUAUUCUGUAUGCAUACAUGUAUGUAUGUGUGUAUCAUGUAUGUAUUAUAUAUAAAUGGGUAUGCUGCAGUGACGAUAGAAGUCCAAGAUUUGUUAUAAUAAGUUCUCCGCUCGUUCCACUUUAAUAUAAUAUACUCGUAUUAUUAUUAUUAUUAUUAUUAUACACCUUUCAUCCAAAAAUAUAAUAAAUCGCUCUUGCCCGCACUUUAAACACACGCACGCGCUCAAAAAUUAUAUUUUAUACACACGACCAUAUACAUAAUAUAAUAUAGUAUAUAAGUGUGUAUAAUAUAAGAACACACCGCACAGUCUCGUAAAACUGCCAAGUAAUCACACAAUAAUAAUACGCGUCCAUAGAGUCGUAGGUAUAUCGGGACGUCUAGACGCGGCCAACGACUUCGACACGCACUUUGCACCUAUACAACAUAAAUUGUACAGGGUGUCCCCCGCAAUGGGUUCUCCCGGAGAUAUUUUGGCGUGCGUUCCAAGAGCCAAGACGCGAGUUCGCUGCAACAUUAUACACACAUACACACACAUACAUAUAUAUAUAUAUAUAUACACUUUACAGGUAGGCAUAAGCACACUGUUUGAAGUAAUUGUAGAUUUUUUUUUACACGUUUUUUAUGAUAUUAAACAAUAUUAUUAAUAGCUCGGACAUGAUGGAUAGGUCCAUCCGUAGCGACACGUUUUGAACAUUUCCCACGUAAAAUCGAUAUUCAGUCAGUGUACCGUGGUCAAAAACAAAAUCAAUAUUUCGUGUUUUUUUUUUUUUUGUAAAUAAUCGUAUUAGUUAUAAUUAGAAUUUGAUCGUAAUUAUUAUUUAAGAACAAAAUAACAACUGGAAAAAUGUUACCAUUCUAUCCAAAAGUAAUAAUAGAAACUGUAUUUUCAUUUAUAUUUUAUGAAUGAAUAGGAACUGUGUAUAAAUAUCUUCACGCUUCUGAACAUAUUAAUUAUUUUAAUUUAAUUUUUGAACGUUUUAAAUUUACACAAUUUUUUAAAAUACCUCGCAGCCCUGACCGUGGUACGAAUAAUAAUAAUAUUGUUCCCGUAAAUUUAAAUAUUAUAUAUAUAUUGGUACUUUGACGAUAGCUCGUUGAACGCGCGAAAAAGUCGGAGAAAAUGUGACGGAACACUUCAUUAUACACACCGUAACGUACUCAACGUAACAAAUAUCUUCCGAAUGAAAAAUAUCGAAAGUUAAUACGUUUGAACAUAGUAUACAGAAUGACGGAUAUCGUACACGAAUUUCCGCGAUGGACAGGUCCCCCCCCUCGUCCCUUCUAUUCAAAAUUUAUUAGAGCUCCAUAUUUCACGUGUAUACACGCUUUCACGUGUGCACGUGUAUACGCGCGUAUUUCGCGUUAUUUUUUACGCGUUUUCCUAUACGUAUUCACGUGAACGCGGAUAGUACAUUUUCACGUGUACAUGAGAACGAAUUUAUCAUUCAAGUGUGUACACGGUUUCCGUUUUAUAUUAGUUCACGUUUUCAAUCGAGACUUCUAAUAUUUUUUGUACAUAUUUUUUUUUAUAAUUAAUGGCUUGUGCAGGCACCAUUUUUCCUCGUGUAAGACAACAGUCGGUGUCCAUUUUUACAUAUUUUUUUAUACAGAUAUCACUACAAUAUAUAUUAUAAUAUAGCGUUCAUUUUAUUUUUCCUAAUAGAAAUCCAAUAACUAAUCGAUGUUAUCGUUAUGCAUUUGCCCCGCGAGAUAUGUGAGUAAAAUUUCCUCAAUUCGCAACUUUUAUGUACAGAUUCAAAUCGUUUCGAAAUAUUAGUGAUAAUAUAACGUAGGAAAAUUUUUUAGAUUUCAUUCAUGCCCAUGUAUGUGGUAGUGCCAAUUCACGGCGAUGGGUAUUCGCGUAUUGAUGUUUAGAACGAAAACGGCGACGAAUGUGUUUUAAUUUGCACUUUCACGUCGCGAAUACGUGUGAUCGGUUUUUAUUGCACGUCUCGGAAGACCAUUUUUUCCGCGAGACUUGGAGUAGACAUUGACAUUUAUUUAUUUGCGUGCGGGUAUUACUCUGCACGAAUAAGAUGAAUUUCCAAUGACCGGCUAAUGGCUUAUAUUGCUCGUGUUGUUUACCGAUUUCCGGUAUGCUUAUACCGAAUUUCGGUAACCCAUCGUAGGCGCCCGACGGGAAAUGUCAAACGCGUUAAAUGUGCGAAAGGUAAAAGCCGGACAAUUUUUUUUCGUAAACUAUACGUAAUGAUAUGCGAGUACUUAUACUAUAGAUAGCAAAUAAUUUACUGAACGUACUUAUCAUUUAUAUUCGUGUGUAUAUUAUAUAUAAAAAAUAAAAAUUAUUAUUAUAAAACGUUUAUAUACUUACGUGUAGACCGGACCUCCGUGCCGUCGGGCAGUUGUAUAUGUAGGUACGUGUAUAAUGACACAACUUUCAGCACUUUAGCUCGUGACAACUAUUUUUUAUUAUUAUUAUUUUUUUUUUUAUCGUUCGGUCCGCCAGUAUAGGUUUAUUAUAAGCAGUGAAAUACCGCGGUAACAUUCAAACGACACAAUGUGUGUCACGAGCGAUACUUAUUGUAUACGCGCGUUCAUAUAUACGAGUAUUUAAUAUUGAAAGUCUUACGUUAAAAUACGAGAAAUGUAUGUGUGUCUGUGUGUGUGUGUGUGUGUGUGUGUGUGUGUGUGUGUGUAUGUGUGUAGAGCGAAAAGUGUAUUAUAAUAUCUUCCCGAUGGUCUACUGCUGAUGUGCGUCGUCGACCGUUUUCGUUUUGUCAAUGGCAUCGUUUUUUGUUUUUAUUUUAUUGUUAUUUUUUUUUUCUCAUGUCAAUGGGAAUACGUCACCACACACACGAACGCACACACAUACACAUACACACACGAGCGUACGCACACGUAAACGGAGAUGCCAAAAUCUCACGCACGCGCAUGCUGCUGUCGCGCAACAAGUGCGGAUAACAAUAUUAAUGGUUGGUUUUUUUUUUUCUCUUUUUUUUCCUAUAGUAUUAUUUUAAGUUCAUUGAGCCGUGCCUAAUAACCUAACCGCCGUCGCAGUACGUUGAUGCGCAUCGUAUUGCAGUCGAAUCGUUUGUGUACAUAUAUAUGUGUAUAUAUAAUAAUAAUUAAUAAUAAUUAUAAUAGUACGAUUUUACGAGUGUUGUAUUAUGUACAUUCGCCGCCGGUGUGUGGCAGACGGUUACCAUAUUGCGGCGGAAGGAUAAAAUUUAAAAAAAAAAACCGCAUCCAAACGCGCCUAUAUUAUUAAAAUCGUCGAUUGUUGCUAUAACGUUGCAGUGAUUAUACUUAAUGACGGUGUGUACGAGAUUUUUUUUCAACGAAGGAGAUUUUGAAUUUUAAAAUUGCCCGAUUUUCAGCCGUCGAUCGAUAAAAAUACGCGAAAACAUAUAAAUAUUUGCCCCGUCUCAUUUUAUACAAUAAAAUACAUUCAAGUUUUUGUAUAAUAGGUACUAGGUAUUUUUCUGGUUAGAAAGUAAAGUAAAAUGUAAAGAACAGGUAGUCAUAUAAGUCAUAUAAGUUCUACUAAUAAAUUUGAAAAUUCGAUUGGACGGAUGUACGUUUGUUGGCACUUUUCGCUCAAACUACUGGACGGAUUGAGCAUUGAGUAGAAGCAUUGUAUUGAUUUAGUUCUAGAGUAGGAAUAACAUAAAUGCUAUUUUUUUCCUCUCAUUUUCAAGUCCUAAAGUGGAGGGGUGAUACAGGGUUAUAGGUAUUUUUAGUACGAAGAAAAUCUAAUUAUUUUUGUUGAUUUAUGAAAUUUUUCGAUUAUUUUUUUUGGCACGGAUAACGCCGGGCGGGAUAGCUAGUAAUAGAUAAAAAAAAAAAAAGCCUAAAGGGAGAUACUCUAUAUACCUCCCUAAUCCCUUUGCUAUGUGGUUGGAAAAAAUUCAGAUUCACGAAGUCCGUCAGAAUCCGAUCUCGGGAAUGCAUAGGGGAAUCCGAAAUCCGUCUACAAAUUCAGAUUUCGAAUUUUUGAAACUUUGAUUUUGGAUUCUAUUCUUUUGUAUUUUUUUUUUUUUAUGAAUACUCAUGUAUUUUAACAAAUCAAAUACUUAAUUGUAGGUAAUCAGAAAUUUGUUUACUAUACAUGUAAAAAAAAGCUAAAAAAAAAAUACUUUUUUGAAUAUAUUAACUUCAAAUAAAACUUCAGAUUUUAAAAUUAAUUUAAGUAGGUAUACAUGCGUAAUUUAGGUAUAUUUCAACCCCGGGAAAAGUUGUGUAAUUUUCUCGAUUAAUUUUUACCGAACAAAAAAAUUGCCCAUUUUGUGAAUCGCACAAAUGGCGCCCCUUAUGAACUAUAAUAAUCUAAAAUGAAAACUUAAACCUACAAAACACCAGUAUUUUAAUUAUCUCUUAUCUCACUGUUGGGUUUCUUAAAUUUGAAAUUUUUUUGUUUAGUAAUUUCUUUUUAACAUAAUAUUUGUACGGUUUUUUUAACGUAUUUUUGCGGCCUCCCGUGUAUUACGCACGGGGCGCAGGCACCAUUCGCUUCGUCUUUCUACGGUCCCGGUCGUAACAUAAAUAUUAGGGUGAUAAAAAAAAAAAUUUUAAAGAAAGACAUUAAAGAAAAUAAAGAAUUGCAAAAGAUUGAACACGAACUUUUUUUUCUAGGGUAAUUUCGUGUUGUUCAAAUUCAUAGCGGCUUAGAACAUUGUUAAUAUUGAUGAUUUAAUAUCUCCUCGUCAGUUAUUAUAAGAACUUGCAAUUUGUUCCUAAUUACGUUCUGACAUUUUCGAAUGUGAUCGCGCGUUAUUCCCCUAAUAAAAUCGCCGUUCGUUAACAAUAGAACUGUUUUUUUUUUUUUUUUUUUUUUUUUUUUUUAUUCUUCGUGAAACAAGAUCCCACGGAGUUGCGUUACACUUCCAUGUACACAAAUGACAUAUAAUAAACAUUGGCUCGCUGAAAAAAUAAAAAAAUAAAUAUAAAUUUGUUCGGUCCUCCCUAAUAUUAUACACCCUAACGUCAUAACGCCUGCGCGAAAUACGUAUUAUUACCAGUGAAAAAUAAAUACUCACGAUACGCAUAAUAUUUAUAUGUUAAUGUUAUAUAGUUACUGUCGUUAUUAUUGUUGUUAUUACUGUAUUGUGUAUAUGGGCGCGCGUGUAUUAUUAUUAAUAUAACCGGUCAUACCAAAUACGAAGUCGAACAACAAUAAUACAUAAUAAUGUCGCGUGCAUAAAAACGGCGGGUAAACGUCGUGGUCGUCGUAGUCGUCGUCGUCGUUUUCCAGUCGCCGCGGCCGGCGCCAAUCUGUUUCGCGUCAUUGCCGGCUGCUUGUGUUAUUACCGCUCGUGUGGUAGCCCCGGCGAACAAUGAGAACGCCGACACGGUGAUAAUAAUAAUCAUCAUUUUUGUACGUCCGUCGCCGCGGAGUCGAAAAAAAAAAAAUAAUAUUGUUAUUAUUUUAUUUUUUUUUACGAAAAAAAUACGCUAAUAAAUAAAAAAAAAAAACGCGUAUUGUAAAAUAUUAUACGGGCGACAACGCGCUCGAGUACUGCAGGAUUUUCGGUUUCCUCCUCGAAGAUCGCGGUUCCCCCCCUCGGUCGACAAAUCGUCAAAACAAUAACAAUUGUCGUCACGCUGAUAGAAAAAAAAAACCCCGUCGACGUUCACGAUGUUAAAAAAUGCGGUAUAUUUAUCGCGGUUAUCGCGACUACCCGAUAUUAACCCGAUUGAUUCGUGUUUAAAAUUAUACAUAAUAUACAUUUUUCACAAUAAUAUAAUCGUUUAAAAAUCAUUGUAAAUUCAGCAAUACAAUACGAACCCAAUCAAAUAACUGCCCGCGUUCCCCAUAUAUAUAAUUGUUCUACAUUUUACGUACGAUUACCAGUGUUAGAAUCAAUAAAAUAUUAUAUUAUGUAUAACGAUUCACAGUUAGAUGAUUAUACUCGAAGUUGUCUAACUCGUCUAAUUUGGAUAUGGAUUUUAUAUUUUGAUCGCGAUUAUUACCAUAGCGUAACGGAAAGUGGGCGGUUAUUGUUGCGAUGACCUGUCGUGUGGUAACUGAGGUAGUUCCCGGUAGUAGCGAUAACCGACAAGUGCCAAAAAUUCAUUCGCUUUUAAUUUUCGGUUUAAGGGAUCUGUUUCUUUGCGCGAAACACGGUUAACUAUCUUACCUCAUAGUGAUAUCCGAUUUCAUUAUUCUUUGUUUGUUUGGUUUUUUUUUUUGUUUUUGAAAGAGGAUAACUUCCUAUAGAGCGUAUUGGACUUCGAAUUUGCAUUACUUAUAUAAACAAAAACCACAAUAAUAAUAAUAAUUUAAACAGGUAUGAAUUGGCCUUAUAUUCGAACUCAAAUUAUACUGUUUGGAAUUAUUAUAAUUUUCAAAAUCCAAGUCCAAUGCGACUUGUUGUCUUCGUAUUUCCAACAUAAAAAAAAAAAAAAUGAUCGAAAUCGGACCAUUCGACGAGGCAGGAGAGUUAACCUUGUAAAGCGUGUUUUUGGGCAAAAAAAAACAGGUCGCGCGCAGUCCCCUUAAUAUAUAAUAGAUACCUAAUAAUAAUAUAAAGAGAAUACUUGGACGAACAAAAAAAAAAAAAAUUAAAAAUAUAUAGUAACAAUAACGGCGGCGACGACGACCGAAUGUCGAAUUAAACGAAUUGUAUACAAUAAAAUGAUGUAUAAUACGAAUAUUAUGUGUAUAUUCUCCGGUACAUACCUGCACCUAUUAUAUAGGCGAACGGAAUUAAUUUUUUACACGAAGGGCAUUGUGCGUGGUGUAAUUGCGUGUGUAAACAAUAAAAUAUACGAGUUAUACGCGUCAUAAUAUUAUAUAGACGUAUUAUUAUGGUUAUACUUCUAUAAAAAAAAGGAAUAUAUUUUUUUUUUUUUUAGUACAAUAAUAUAUAGAUGUGCCGCGCGCAUAUGUUACCAACCGGUGUUCCGCAAAAAAACAUUAUUAUAUUAUUUAUAAAAUAUAUAUAUAUAUAUACAUAGAUAUUUAAGUAAAACGUGUAGUGCGAACUACCGAGAAAAUCUCGUCGGUUCGCACAUGUUGUUUGUAGAGCGGGGCCAGAAAUAUUAUUAUUAUAAGUGCGUUUACGAAAAUUCGGUAAAAACUGUUGUUAGGUUCACGCCUACAUGCCCUGCGAUGACAUAAAUAAAAUUAUUUAAAAAAAAAAAAAAAAAAAAAAAAUGAAUGAUCUAUUUAGUUUAUAUAGGUGCAUAGCGAUGAAUGUUGCAACGAUGCACAGUAAUAAAACAAUACAAUUAGGUACUGUAAAAAAAAAAAAAAAAAACGACUAAGUAAAAUUCGAUAGAGAUCUUCCUGAAAAUCUUGGAAAAGCGAAGUUAUUGACUUUGAACAAGUGAAAGAGGUCAAACACAUUAGAACCACACUUGGUUGUCAAAAUAACAUGCGCGAAUAAAUCAUCAUCAGACUAAAUUCUACUGAUAAGCAAGACAAAAGUACGGCCAUGCAUAAGUUAUAUCAGGGCUGUGUUGAGAUAUGCGUGUGUCACAUUCACGUCGUCGAACAAAGGUGGUUAAGAUAAAAUUAUUCAUAAGUAAAACACUUAAGAAGGGUGCAUGGGCCCUGGCUCAACAAUGUCGAAUAAAAAUGUGUAAUCAUAAAUAACGUCCAUCUGAUUUACGAGAUGUAAAAAAGAGAGAAUGUGGUCCAGCUUGUCUGAGGAACACGUCUAAAAUAUGUGUGGCGGGCUGAUGGAAGUCUCAUGGUCAUGACAACAGCGAUAUGAGUCAUGAUGAUUGAGAAAAGGCCGAGGAAAAGACGGAUGUACAGCGUUAAGGAAUCGUUUAAAGAAAUUGGAGUCGAAUGGGAACCAGCAUAUUAUGAUGAAAGCCGAUUGACGGAAGUAGUUUUGGCGGCAAAUAUUCUAAAUGACUCGUAAGGCUUAAAAAUUAAAUAUACUCCUAUACAGUGUAUAUGCGUAUUAUAUCAAAUAUAUUUGAUUUUUUAUUAGGAAGUAAAUUUCGGAUGACCUGUUCGCUUAUAUUGUGAUGCGAAUUUCGUAACCAAAAAUAUCAUGCAGUCGUAUUGCCUGUAAUAUUAACGCCAAGUGACGCCAGCUAUUAUGUACCUACCUAGUGAAGUCUCUGUUUCAUUUAUCUUUCAAGGAUAAUGUUUUCGGUUUGGUAAAACAGUAUAUAAUUAGUCGGAAAUCAAUUAAAUUGUAGCAUUGUCUUGUACACAUAUUAAUAUGAUAUAUAGAACUUAGCGUAGUAUUCAUAACCAAACACAAUGGUAUACAUAUCACUUUAUUCGUUUCGAAAAAAAAAAAAAACCAUCAUUCUAUGCAGUGGCUAUAAAUGUUUUAAUGUUACACGAUGACUAUUAUUAUAGUUGUGGGUGGCUAAAUUGUUGUUUUGUCUAACUUCUCUGUGUAUUGUAUACAUGAUUCGGCGCCACCGUAGGUACGCAUAUACAAAAAAAAAAAAAAAAUUAUAAUAAUAUACUCGAACGUGUAAUAAAAACAAUACGAAUAUAAGUCUGUAAUGCGAGAUGUAAUGCAUAUAUAAGUACUAAUAAUAAUUAUAGUUUACACUAUUUACUGUAAUAAUAAAUUAAACAUAUUGAAUUCACCCGACGAAUAUUCGACGGUAAAAAAAUGUUCCGAGUCAGUUUUCACAGUAGUUAUACCGAAACACAGCAGUAUCCGUUCGAUGGAAAUUAGUAUUGUACUAUUGUUUUCGAAUUAAUGAUUAAGUUUUCAAUUAAACGGUAUCUACGUUCGCUUUCGUGUCAGUGGAAGUUUGAAGUUCACGUAAAAACCCUUGCGAAAAUAAAAACCACACCGUGACACCGAUGAGCACAUGAAUUACUACUCGGAAUUGUAAAGCUAAAUUAUAGGUAAUGUAAUUAUAACAUCAUAUGAAAUAUAUUAGUGAGAUUGCUGUCCGGCGAACCAGUUUAAAAGAAAGAACGGUAUGAGCGGUUAUUACAGUGUGUUACGUAGAUACCGUGGUAUUGGUAUACGACGACGAAUAAUUAAUCGGGGUAAAUAAAAUUACCCAUAACGGUUACGUGGAAGCAUACGUGGAUAAUAAUACAUUAUAAUUAUCAACACAGGCGCAAUUUCAGUUUUUGACUCGAGUGGUGAGGGAUACCUCCUGUACCCCUUAUACCGACAUAUUACUUAUUGUAAUAUAUUUAACAUUUUUAUCUCAGUUUUCUUUUCCUGCGUUUAAUAUAAUAUCAAAUACGACUGUUAAUACAAUAUUUGUAUUAAAACAAAUAAAAACGUUUAGGUAGGUAUCUAUAUUAUCUAUUUACAAUUGUAACCAACGCUGCGACAAUUCGAUUUUAGUUUUGUAGUUUUGUUUGAAUUGUUUUACACCUAUUCUUGUGUUUUUGGACUUCGAUCUGUAAUGUAAUAAAGUAAAUUUAAAAAAUUAAUGCGUGAGUUUGAACACACUGAUGCAGAUUAUUAUGUCUACAUCAAUUUUAAAGGUACUUGAAUUAGCAAUUACCACAAAGGUUUAGAAGAAAUUUACUUUUUUUUACAUUUCGCAGUUUUCAUAGUUUUUAAAUUUCUAGUGACCGCAAAAAUUAGGAAAGAAUUCGAAAAAAUGUGUGGGUGUCGGUGAUAUUUUUAUUUUGUAUGUGUAUAAUGUAUUGUCAUGUCGCCGUUUUCUUCUUCCGUUUCACCAAAAUAAUAUUAUUGUUCGUAGAAUGUUUGUGGUUAGUGAUAUGGAGAUAAUUUUUAAAUACAGUAUCUUAUCAAUUACAAUUCGAACGUUAACGAAAUAUUUUGUGCGUUUUAUUAAAGUGCAGUUCGCUUCAGAAUGCAUUCCCACCGCUGACGUGGAUUUAUUAUAAUUAAUAUAUUAUGAUAAGAAUUCAUAACGAUCUUAUUGCCAAACAAUUGAAAACUUACUAUUGCAUAGCUAUACAAAUAUAUUACCUAGCUGAUAACUCGCAUGAUUUAUAACUAUAAAUAGUUAAUGGAUUAAUUGAAUUUACAUUUUUUUUUUUUAUAUAUUUGGAGGGGGGUUCUAAUCGUACAGUCACCGUAUAUUUAUACACCUAAUACCAUUGAUUAUAAAUUAUUAUAUAUAAUGCAUAUAAUAGUAAAUACUAUAAAUUGUAAUCAAUGCUAAUACUCAAACGUGUUUUCGCCCAAUUAUUUACCUAUGACAACAGUCAACAGUCAUUAUCAUAAUAUUAUGCUCGUAUCGUUCUAAAUAUUUACAUUCGUACGUAAACAUCGAAUCACAUGAAUAUAUAGACACCGUUGAAAUCGUUAGAUAUUAAUUACGUACCUACCCACCUAUAUUAGUUUAUUUAACUCUCACGUGUUAAAACGAUUAAAAAUAAAUAUUUAAAAUAGACAUACCUACCUACCUAUACUAUGACUGACUCACGGAUAAGUAUUGAGUGUUUCUCUGUUUGAACGUGAGAUUUGAUAUUAUAAUAGUAGGUAUUCUAUAUUUCAAUUGCAUAAUCGUCUUCUUCAGAUAUCUUUAUUUUUUAUUUUAUUUUUUUUCAUUUGAAUUAUUUCCACUAAUAUUUUUAAAAAUGUUACACAAUAACAUUUUCGGGUAUGGCAGUUCGUCCACAGUGUCUAUCGAUAAAAUGAUAAUAAUAAAGAAAACAUAUCUAAAAAAAAGUUGACAAACAACCCGGACUCGGUAUACAAUAAUAUAUAAUUGUUCUAUUGUAUUUCGUAAUAUUUUUAAAAAUAAAGCGCAUAGGUAUUCUCUAAUUAGUGAUUAACAAUAAUUAUUUAUACACAUUAUAAUUGUGGUUUCCUUUUUAAUUAUAUACUCUAUAGAGAGUUACAAUAAUUGAUGAACAUUAUAAUAUAAUUUUUUGAUCGUAGUCGAUUAAUUUGUUUGCAUUUACAUUUUGCGGCAAAUAUUAUAAUUAGCGGAUUGACCUUUAAGAUGUUUAUUAUAAUGUGAAAAUAUAUUUUUUCACCUUAUAUUAUACAAUAUUAUUGAAUGGUUUGAGGUUUGACUUUGUGUAGUUGGACGACUUGUAUAUAAUAACCAACAAUUACAACUAUUAGCUGUGUAAUUUCGUUAUGGAAAUAUAAUUUCGCGUUCUCUGAAAUGUCCAUUAUUACUUGCAGUUCGUUGAAUAGCUGCGAUACUAUAAAUACCGUAUAAUAUUGCGCAAUGCGAUUAAAAUUAAAUUCUUAUUUUUUUUCGGUAUUCGCUCCCCUGUCGUAUAAUGGAAAACGGAAAUCGUAAUAUACGAGACUGCGAAAUUUUAAUAUACGAUAAGAUCACAUAAAACAAUAAAAAUAUAUAUAUACCACGUGAGACUUGAGUCAAUUUUUCAUUUUAGAAUUCCGUAUCGUUUAGGAUCCUGAGCACUUUUCAGUGGAUAUCAAUUGCGUCUCCUCUCACCCCCACCCCUUAAAAAAACUUCCACUAAAUCUUUUCCUUAACUUUUGAACUUCUCCCUUCUUCACCGGUGUGACGUUGUAUUUCCUAAAUUAUGAAUUAUAACGUUUUGUUACAAAAACCACUAAAUCCAUAAUUUUCGGUUUUUUUCUAUAGUGGUGGACACACGGUACAAUCUUAUUCUAUUGAGUUUCCAGUGGACUUUGAUUUGUGUCUGCUUGGACACAGAAAAUCUCAAAAAAAUACCCCGAUUUGAUCUCGAGACUAACGGAACUAUUUUGUUUGGGGCUUGUGAGGCGACUCUAUUCGUCCAUCCGUUCAUUCUGUCAAAGGCUUCUAACUUUUUUCUAAACAAAAUAAUUUCUCGACUUGAAAUUCACACAUAAUAAUAUUAUGUAACUGAAAUCAGUCACUUGAACAGUUGAAGAACAAAUACUAUAGUUUAUCAUACAAUAAAAAAAAAAAAAGUCGUCAAUAUAAUAUUUACGUGACGAAUGAAUUUACGGAAAAACACAUACGCACAUAUCAUUUCGUCAGGUCACUAACACUGAGAUAAUUUCUGAUCGUAAUUCUACCUACCUACCGACUUAUAAUAUUGUACAUUUUUUUAACAGAGUUUUUGGAAUCGCGCGUCUAACUCGCGCGUCUUAUUGGCUAUUUUUUUUUUCAGAAAUUAUAAAAACGCGUAAAUGAUCUUUUUUUCGCGUGAUUUUUAAACAGUUCAACCUACUAUAGUAGUGUUUCCAAAAAAAAAAAAACAAACUAAAAUCUCAAAGCGUCUAUGUUAGCUAUCGCUGGUUCAUGAAUCGCCAGAAGCGUGUGUAUUUUGUUAGUACAAUCGUACGCAUCGUAUGCAAAGGAAUUUCGCAAAUAUAUUAACGCAACACGCCGUACACAAAUAAUAUAUUGCUCGAUUUUUUUCAACUGGAUUUUUUUUUUCGCGAUUUUCAGAAUGUCAGUUCGGUAAACAGCUCAAAGAAAUCGGAUCCACGUGGUUCGCGGAUUUGGGUCCACCUUUCGGCGUCAUGUACUGUAUAAGAUGCGAAUGCGUUCAGGUAAGUCCGAUUCACAUUUGUAGUAUAAUAAUAUAAUAUAUGGGUAAGCAUAACAAUAAUAAUAGCGUCACGGGAAUAAAUCUCUAGGUAUGAAAUUAAUCACGUUUUCGUAAAACAUUUUUUUUCUUCGCAGUCAUACACCUAGGCAGUAGCGAUCAUAUGAUUAAUUUAUCCCGGGGGGGUAGGAUGAGGCUGGUUUUCCGUAACAUUUUUUAAUAAUUAUUUUUAUUUACAUUUUUUUUUUUUAAAUUCUGAGUGAAGCGAAGAAGUUAUUAGUUUUUUACUAUUAUAAUAUGUGUUUUUUCUCGGAAAACAAUUUUUCGGUUAGUAAAAAUGUUCCGAUUUUUUCAUCUCAUACGUUUAAAGACGCAGUUAUUUUUGUUUGAUUGUAUUUUAUAAAAAAUUAUUUCUUUUAAGUUACCCAUAUAAAAAAAAAUGAUUUGGUUGGGCAAACGCUUCAAUUACUCCACGCAGUACUUCAACUUAAUUUGGAACAUUUUCAACGCUUCACAACCUACUUGAUCGUUUUUUUAUAUUUUUUUCUUGGAAACCUAUAAGUUUAUAAGCUAACCUAACCUCCCCGAUCUCUUAAAUAUACGUCCUUGACUGUAAGAGGUAAGAUCGAAUUGUACACAUUUCAGUCGAAUUAUCGCGCUUCGGUCAAAAACUGGCGUCGGUCGAAGGCCGACACACUAGGCUUGCAAAGACGGUGCAUUCAAUCGAAAAAAUCUCGGCGUAACGAAACCUCAGUUCAAAAGUCUUCAAACCAAAACUUCGGGGGAGGGACGGGUCUAUCCCCUUCGCCGGAAAUAUUUUCCCGCGUUCGUCCCCUAAAUAAACGCACGUAGAGACCGUCGCGGCGCGCUCGGCCACUGUUCCGGAUGGCCGGGCAUCACCGGCCGUCACGCCGGGCCACUGAUUGCGGUGGAACGGAUUUACGCCCCUUCGUCGGCACGCGGCGGCGGCGGGUGUCCUCGCGGUAAAAACCGAUUGUAAUUAUUCGCGUUGCGUUUAUCCAUCGCGCGAAAUGACGCGGUCUCGUCUGCCGCCGCCGCCGCCGUUCAAUUGUGUGUCGCGUGCGUCGCCGUCGUCCAAACAACAAUCGACUGAGAUCAGAUUCACACAUUCCAUCGCGCGACGGCGGACGAGAACAAUCGGUCGCCGUUAUAGAAAGCCAGUGUUCAUGAAUAUAACGAUGGAAUAAAAAAAAAAAAAAAAUAAAUAAAUAAAAAAAAUAGGAAAUAUACGUGUACACAUACCUAACUACAUAUGUACUGCGCGCACAUAUUAUAUACAUGCAUAUAAUACGUAUAUAAUAAUAUAAUGCGGUGUGCGCGGCGUCGUCGUGACUGUCACACGCGUAAAAUAUAUUUACGGUAUAAUAAACGGAGUAUGGAAAGAAAGAAAAAAUAAUUCCGUUAAAAAAAAAAAAAAAAAAAAAAAAAUGAGCAUACAUAAUAUAGUGUAAAUAAAAAAGGAAAGAAAAAAAAAACGGCGAAGNAUAGAAAGCCAGUGUUCAUGAAUAUAACGAUGGAAUAAAAAAAAAAAAAAAAAAAAAAAAAAAAAAACACCGUAAAAAAAAAAAAAAAAAAAAAAAAAAAUGAGCAUACAUAAUAUAGUGUAAAUAAAAAAGGAAAGAAAAAAAAAACGGCGAAGAACCGAGGUGGUAUUAUAACACGGGUUUUCGCGCGUUUACCUAUACCUGUGUGCCCACAUAGGUACACGUAUAUGAUAAUACCACACGCCGGACGUGCUUUUUAGACGUACGCCCGCUCGUAAUAUUUAGGGUCCGUCAUGUUGUCGGUUAUUUUUUUUUUUUAAUUCCAUUUUUUAUCAUAUUAUCGAAUCCGUGAUAUUGUUGUUGCGCGCGCGAACGUGCGUAAUAUAACCGAUACGUACAGGUAGUAUACACGCGCGUGUAGGAAUAUCGUAUGCACGCGUUUUGUGUAAAUUAUAAUAACAACAAUAUUGUUACGACCUUCGUGGAGUACAGAAAUUUCGAACAGGUACUUAUAAUUUCGCCGACAAAAUUGAUUACAAUGAAACUCGUACAAUAAGCUCGGGGGUUUUUUUUUUCGUUUUUAGAUUCUGAUACGAAGAGCGGAUUGGUUUUACUGCGAGUGCGAUUUUUUUUUUUUUUGGUUUUUCGUGGUCCAUAAGUGACUUUCCUGCCAGAAAUUUUGAUCCGAUAAAAUAAUGAAAAGACAACUUUAUUUUGGAUGAUAAUCGAUUGAAUUUCCGUGUGGUUAUCUUAAAAGUUGGAGAAAACCGGGAAAAACUGGAAAGUUACGGAAAUUAUUAUUUCUUUAUUUUCAAUUUUGUUUUUUUGGUCAUAAUUCGGUUAAAAAUAUUCGUAUACACUUGUAAUUUUCACUGAAUAAUAAUUAUGACAUUUUUUUUUCUAGACGUGGUGAACAUUUUUAAAACUUUUUGGUGACUUAGUUAUUUAUAGGCAUCUUCGAGUUUUUGUUUGGUUCUAUGUGGAUACAAUUUGUUUGAUGCAACAGAAAUGCUUGAUAUCCCAACAUGAAAUUUAUGCAUUAUGUAGGGUCCAAGACUUCUAUCAUUUGCUUAUUUUUUUGACUUUAACAUACAAUUUAUCAAAGUGCUAUAGAAACUCGUGUCACGUUACAAUUAUCUCAUAUAUGAAAAUUGAAAGUGCAUUUUUUAUCUUAUUUCGAUGGUUUUUAAACAAAUUGCUUUUUUCUAGUCUUUCUGAUUGUUUUUUAUUUAUUGCAUUUCUCUGCUUAAUUAUGACACGUACAGUGGUACGUGUCAUAAUUAAGCACUGACACAAAAACCUAAACAUUUUAGUUAAUUUCUGUUUUAGAUCCUGAGUGAAACGAGGGAUACUCCGAUAUUCUCAUUAAUAUUCGAGAUAACGAGGAAAAAUUGAUUCCUUAGAUUAAAAAAGAUUAAAAGAUUAAAAAUAAAGUUGUCAUUGGAAACCGUUUUUAUUAUUUUUGUUAUUAUUAAAUUUGUAUUAUUUUAAUCUUUUAAUAAUAUGUAAACGAUCGUUAUUGUUGUGAAAAAGCAUAUUUUAAAAAAAGCAAUACUAUUGACGGAGCUUCUCUCAGAAUCGUUUAAAAUAUUUGAAAUUUAUUUUUCAAAAAAAUCUAUAAGAUGUUAAAAUGUUCUUAAAAACUUAAAAAUGAUAAAUAUAAUUAAUUUUUUUAAAGAUAAAAUUGUGUUUAUAUUUUUAAGUAUGAAAAUUAAAUGUCAAUAUUAAAAAAAAGAAUGUGUUCAUAGUUUUUGUCAUGCCUUUUUUUACUUAUUUUAAUAUUUUAAUGUGUUUAUUUGAGUGUUUCUAAUGAAGUAUUUAAGUGCUUUUUUAUCAGCGUUUAUUUUGAUUAUAAGUCCCGUACCUUGAUUAUAAAUAAUACUUAUAGUCGUAUAAAUAAAAAGGAUGGGUGUAAUGUAAUACAUUUUUUUUUAUGAUCGUUUUAAGUUCAAAUUUUAACGAAAAUUAAAAAAAACAUGUGUUUAACCAAACUUUGGCUCAAAAUCGUACUUCGAUAGGGAUUUAUCGGCGCAUAAAUAUAUAAAUUAAAUAACUUUAUUUAUCUUACCUUCCCGACUUCUCACCUACAACAGUGGCACACCCAUCAGCAGUAUCACCACUUUUUUUUUUUUUGUUAAGUCUUUAAAAAUGCGUAGGUAUACGUUAUUCCAAUAUAGAUACGUGUUUAUACGUAUACGAUUAUCCCACAUCAUCUCCGGAUCCGUAUGACAAGUCGGGGGGUUUCUGACGGUCGAUUUGCAUAAUAAUUUAAUCAAUAUUCAAUAUAUAUACCAUACACAUAGGUAGGCAGGUAGGUAAACAUAAUAUACGUAGGUAUGUACAAUAAUGUGUACAUAUUGCAUACAUGUACAAAUAUACUCGCCGAUUUCGCAAAAUUACAGUAUCACAACAAUAUUAGAUUUCGGAUUUUAUUUCACAAAUGUGUAAAAUAAAUAAAUAAAUUGAUUUUUGAUGGUUCAAGUGUAGCUCUUAAUUAACGUGAAAUUAUCCGUCUCCGUCGAAGUUUUUCCCACUUUAACUACUGAAUUCUAAAAUUUAGUCCAAUUUUCCAAAUAUUCAGUCAUAUUAAUGUAAUUCUCGACUUGUGUACGUAAUAUAAAAUCACUGAUGACACAUUGGCAAGACGACAACAAUAUAAUAUAGUACCUACGCGGUGUAAAGUUUUGCCAAAUUCCGUUCGAACGUAUAUUGCUAAUUUCGGCUAAUGUACAAAUCAUCAAUAAUUAUAUUAUAGUAUUUAUUGGCUAAAACGUAUCUUUGAAUAUUAUCCAAAAAAAUGUUCCGUACGCGUUGUAUUACAUCGUGCUAUAUAAUUUACUACCUAUCCGUCGUGUUUAAAAAAAUAAAAUAAUAAUAAAUCUUUUUAAAAAUUCGUGUAGCUACUGGGAAAUUCGACAUUUUAGCUGAUGUCGAAAAAAAUCACAAAUCAUUGCGAUAUUCAAUCCUAUAUACAGUGUCCUGCGAAGUCCAGAAUAUUUCCGAAGAUAAUAAAGAUAGUCAAAUUGUUUUUAUGUUUUAGAAAAAACUUAAAAAAUAACUUUAUUUUGUUAAUUUUAUUAUUAUUGAAAAAUUUAAAGAUAGCUAUUUUAUAAAGUUUAUUCUUCUGAAGAUUUUUAUAUUUCGUCUUUUUAUUUUCAUUAAAUUCGUGAUUUUAAAUAAUUUUUUAAAGUUCAGAGAAAAAAAAAUGUACAGUGAAUAUUAAUAUAAUAUUAAUCAAUUAUAGCGAAUGCGAGUACAGCCUGCUGCAGAAUUUAGAAACUUUUAUCUGAACUUUAAAAAAAUAUUUGAAAUCACAAAUUUGAUGAAAAUAAAAAUUUGAAAUUACGUCAAAAUUUUCAAAAGAAUAAAUUUUGUAAAACAGCUAAUAAAAAUCUUCAAACUUUUCAAAAAUAAUAAAAUAAAAAUUAAUUUUUUUAGUUUUUUAUCAAAACGUAUAAAUGUAAUUCAAAUAUAAAUAUAUAUAAUCCUUAUUCCUGUGAGUUUAUAAAUAUAUAAAAAAAGAAAAAGAAUUUUAUUAUCUUUAUUAGUUCAGGAGAUAUGGUAAUGGUUAUACAUAUAUUCGUGGGACACUAUAUAUAUCGCCGGCUACCCAGCAAAGCUUCGUAAGAUUAAUUUAACAAAUUUUACAGAAGAAGUGAAAAAUUAUAGCAGACUUAAAAUUGUACCAAAAAAAUUCAACAUUUCGACUACGGGUUUUGGUUUGAUAGCCGACCACGAUAUAUUACAUUUGUAUUGAAUUGUUGAAAAACCUACAGUAAAUUAUUACAUGUCAUUUAUUAAUGUGUACCUACUCAUUUUAUUGUGCAGGUUCAAAAGAAGAGAAGGAUUAUAGGCAAGGUGCAGUGUCGGAACAUCAAAAACGAUUGUCCAAAACCCAAAUGCGAAGAACCCACGUUAUUGCCAGGAAAAUGUUGCAAAUCAUGUCCAGGAGAAGAUGCCCGUAAGCUAUUUCGUUUGUAUAUAUUUAAAAAAUUUUACAUUAACAUAUUAAACAUACCUAUAAUAUGUAAACGCAUAUUUGGAACAUUUGGCGUAUAUUAUGAUGUUAAACAUAACCUUUCAAAUAUUUUUAUAGUAAAAAAAAAUUGUAUUUUUACACGAUAUUACCACACGAUUAACCACGUUACCGCUCUGUUGGAUCUAGUUCAACAAUUUCGUGUACACGCUCUUAUAGUAUUGAUGACAAAAGAUGAUUGGUAUCAUAUUGAUUUAAAAAAAUCUACAAAAUUAAAAAUUACCGUAAUUUCAUUCAUAUGUCACAUGUAAAACUGAAUAGUUCAAUUAAUAGCGAAUCAUUUGAAUAGAUGUGAACCAUGAAACCGCCAAAAAUACUUGUAAUUAUUAAUGUAUAAACUUGAUGAUUAAACUUUUAAGUGGGUAUAGUCUUCUCAGAUCCCAGUAUACUCCCUCAAAUUACGACCAUGAACAUUGAGUUUUAUUCCAUGUGUGGGUAGAUGUAGUAAAUCUCUUUGUAUUGUUUAUUCGGUGAAUACACGAAUUAGAGUGCUUGAAGAACCCCUUUUUAAAUAAUAUUAUUCUACAGUUUUGGGAUCCAAUUAAAAGGUCGAUUUUAUAUUUACCUAAAAUUGGGAGACCAGUUUAAUAGUGCCCAAACAAUUCUAUAUAUCCAACCUUACCGACUUCUCCCACCUACAACAGUGGUACACCCGUCAGCAGUGUCAUCUUAAUUUUUUUAGAUUCGGAGCGGAGUGAAGGGUCUAUUUAUUUUACAAUGAAGUUUAUUUUUUUUUUCUGUGGACAACUUUUCUACCAUCAAUUUUGCUCUGAUUUACUAUGAUUGCAUUUUUUCUGAAAAGAAAUUUGACUGAAGUGGUACUUUAAGGAAGUCAUUUUUUGAUUUUCUCAAGAGUUUUCCCAAUAAAUGGGAAAACAUGUAGGAAAAACGAAAAAAUAGGUACAAUAUUAUACAAAUAAUUUAAAUAAUUUAAUAUUUAACAAACAAUAUACAAGAAAAUGUAUAAUGUAUAUGUAAUUAUUUCACCAUAAUAUGACAUAUAUAUUAUAGACAAUGUGAUUCACUCAACGUGCUCACUCCAUUUUUUUUUUUUUUUUGUUAAAUUUUGCAUACAUUGAAAUUCUGAUUUAUGGAAUUUUUAAGUGUAGUUAAAGCCGAUAUUUUCCUACUCUUCUCCUACCUUAAUUUAAAAAUUGAUUAUCUCGUUAACGGUUUGACGGAAAUUAAAAAUGUUUUGAACUAAUACUGCAUCUAUUUGUGGAAUUUUUUAAUACAGGUUCUCAUUUGAAAAACCAAAGUUGGUAUCGCCACAGGAUACUCCUUAAAUGUUGUGGAAAUCUAAGUAUCCGAAAAUAUCGGCUUUAACUACACUUAAAAAUUCCAAAAAUCAGAAUUUGAAUAUAUGCACAAUUUAACCAAAAAAAAUGGGGUGAGCACACUUAGUGAAUCGCCCUGUUUAUUGUUUACGAAGCAACACUAUUAAUCGAACUCCGUUCAGAAUCGUUUUUCAUUAACAGUGGUUAAUCGUUGCGUACAGAUAUACAUUAAAUUCUCCCUCUACCUUCCCAACUUCUCGCCUUCUCACCUGAAACAGUGGCCCACCCAAGAGCGAGGUAUGUCCGUCUUUUUUUUUUUUGAUUUGUUAUACGAGUUUUUCGUCGACGACAUAACGAAAAUAUUCGUUCUUAAUAGUUAUUUAUAAAGAGUGAUGGUAUUUCGAUACUUCAUCGUCGUAUUAUACUCGUAUACAUUUAUUAUGAUUUCCAUUGACGAUUUAUUUUUCGAGGAAGGGCCGUGUGCAUAUAUUAUCAUUAGUUUUACGAGUAUAUAGUUGCACUGUAAAUGUACAAUAAUUAGUAUUGUUCGGCAUGUAGGAUGUGACAUUUUUUUUUCUACUACCCAUUCCGAUUAUUAACCCAAUUCUAAUGCGAAUGGCCUUCGUGAAUUAAUAAUAAUAAUGAUAAUAAAAGAACAAUAUGGCACAAUAAUGUGACAAUUAUUAUGAUUACAAUGUAUAAAAGAAGAAAAAAAAAAUGCAACGAUUCGCAAAACGUGUUCUGCAUAAUGUUAUUUACUUAUAGGUAUACGUAUAUCUAGAUAUUAUACUACAGCUGUGGACAUUAGGUCAUGGCUCAAUAAUUCCAUAUUGGUUUAAUAGCGGAUUUUUAUACGCACGUCUUAAUACAAUAUAUUAUAUUAUUAUUAUUAUUAUUAUUAUUGACCUGGAAGUAUGAAAUAAUAUUUUAUCGAGUACCUAUGUGUAUCGGCUAAAAUCUUAGGACUUGAGCGGCGUAGUGGCCGAAUGAAUGGUAUUUUUGCUAUUUCGGUAUCUAUAUACAAAAUAUAAUAGUUCAUAAUCUUAUAUGAUAUUGCGAAAAAUGUUCGAGUACGUUGUUAUUGUUGUUGCUGUUGUUGUUAUUAGUUUUUCAGACGUUAAAUUCCCUGCGAGAUGCGUGAGUGUUUUAACAAAAUAAAUUAUUACCUACGGCAAUAAUAUUUUCAAUAUUCACGUUCGCCAAUUUACUACUAAAGCUAUAUAGGUAUUUAACUGUUGUGUAAAAAGAAAUAUUUGAAAUCCAUUGCCGUGGUUGUUUGUUUUUUUUCAAUUGUCAGAUAAUUAUUAAGAUUAUCUACACGCAUAGUUGUUUGUUGAUAAAAAAAAAAAAGACCGAAAUAAAUAAUUUAAUGAAGUUAUACACUCCCGGCGGUUUAUUAAUGAAAUUUUAUACACGUAUGAGUAAUAUAAUCUGUAUACACUUUGGUACUUACAUUUUAAACGGUUUAUGUUCGUAUAAAAAAUUGAAUUGUAUUUUUAUGUGUUUUUUAUUUAUUUAUUUUUCGUCUAAAAAUGUGGAUUUUCGGGUAAUGUUCGUAAAUGUAUUUAAAUAUGUAUGAAUAUACAGAUAUACAUUAUUUGUAUAGUGGUAGGUAAUUAUUGACCUGUAACAACCAAGGAUGCCAUUUGUGGGGCUGGAUUUGUGCGCUCAUACCCCUUAUAAUUUUUAACCAUAUUGACUUAAGUGUUAAUCGAUACUUUGGCCGUGCCAUUCAGGCAAAAUACAUAUUACGUUUUUUUUUUUUUUUAUAAAAUUGUUACACAAAAUUCGAAUGUAAGCAGUGAACAUCCGUACGGAAAUUGAAAUUUAAAAAUCUUACUUCACUAUCUUAACGGACCCUCGCCUAAUCCCCGGAUAUGAACGAAAUUUCAGAUCUCAGUGCGCCAUAGACUACAGUAUUUGAUGUUCGAAAGACAAAAUUUAUUUUCAUAUGAUUACAGAUUGACUAGAAGGAAGUUAUUUUAUGGCAUUUUCGGCCUUUCGUGUAUUAAACAAAAUGCUGUUUUAUCUUUUAAUUUAAAUAUUAAAAUAGAAGGUUUAUUUUUGUGGGGGUGGGCUCGAUUGUAUAUACAAUAUGUUGCCGGUGUUUCCCUCUUAUACACAAUAUUCUCGAUACGGUAAAUACUACCGAAACUACUCUAUAUAAUAAUACACUCCUCUCUAUAUAUGACGUUCCGAAUGACGACGAAAAUAGUCUGGCGUGCGCAAAUACUUUGGCAAUAUAGACGGGCAGACGGGCUGCCACCAAGGUUUAAUGCGGAUUAUAUACACACAUAUAUAUAUACACACACACACGAAUAAUAAUAUAAAGCUCGUAUAUACUAUGUAUUAUUAUAUAUACAUACCUAAUCUAUACAUUUAAUAUAUAAUUGAAUACAUGUAUUUAUAUAUUUAAUAAAUAAUGUAUGUCGAGAUCACAGUCUAGGCCAAGAUCGAAUCACAGUUCGGAUUCGAAUCCUCGUAUUUUGUUGUUAGUUUGUUACCUCUCUCUCUCUCUCUAUGUAUAUAUAUAUAUAUAUAUAUUAUAUUACCUGCACGUAUACAGGAAUUCUUGUUCGUAUUUUAACUAUUAAAAUAUAUUACGAUUUCAAAAAUGAAGUGACGUGUUUUAUUGGUUUCAGACGAUUUCGUACAAGAUCCGCCGGACGACGAAGAGAAAAGCAUGAAACGUAAGCGUUUAUAUUAUUUUAAAUUUAGCAUAUACAACAGUAUUAUACGUCUAUACGCUCCACUAUAGUGCACUACGUAUAUGUUCAUGUACGUAAAACUAAAGUUAAUUGUCGAAAUUAAAAUUGUGAACGUGACAACUACACGCGCGUAUAAUUAUAACGAUAGAAAACUAAUUUUUCUCGACGUCUCCGCAUGCUGCAGCAAUAAUUCAAAUAUUGUUUCAAAACGUAAAAUUGACGUUCAAAAUAUUACUGUAGAUUUGUAUAAGAUAGAUGAUCUAUCUGCUUUUAUUAAUAAAAAAUAAUAUUCGUCAAAAACCUUUACUGUAUGGAACGUGUAUGUUAUAGAUCCCUGAGUCCUGAGUACAAUUCGGCCGUAAAACAAAACGUGGCUAAUUUUCUAAAACUAACUAGCUUAGUGUCAGAAAAAUAACCGCGUUUAUUUUAGUGCAAUAAAGUCACAGCUAAAAAAAUUACAAUUUUGUUUCUUUCAAUUUGUAAUUACACAAAGGUGAAGUUCUUAGAAUUCUAAGUUCUAAGUUCUUAGAAAAUCUUAGAAUUAUUAUUUUGUUCUAAGCUUCCAAAUCAAUUUACCAAAUACGUGUUAUCUUUAUUUGAAUUUUAAACGAAUCACAAUUUAAUUGCGUAACGUGUAAUUCCGUUAUUAUCACAUUUAGACUUUGCUGCAAUAUUGACCGGACAAUCGGCAAAAUCGACUGGCGAUCUACUCAAUAAGAAGAUGGAUUACCCGCCGACGCUGUUGCAAGAAAUCGGAUUGGAUUACGUGGCGACCGGACGAUUUUCGUUUUACCGGAAGCACCUGUACUUUUCGUUUUACACUAACCGACCGACCAGGCCCAGAAUGGUGCAGUUUGUCGAUACUAACGGCAACAUAAUCGAAGAAAUCGUAAGAUUCGUCACAUUAAUGUCUGGAACGGCGCAUAAAAAAUAGUUUAUACCUAGGCGCUUUGCUGAUUAUUUAUUAUCUGCGAAUAGGCGCUGUUAUCGGGUACCGUCUAUCAAAACCUGACGAACAAAAUCUGCGGCGUCUGGCGACGGGUGUCCAAAGACUAUAAGCGGUUGUUGCGCGAAGAGAAAAUAUCCGUAUCGCUGGUCUGGGAAACGGCGAUAAUCGGCGGCCAUCUUUACAGGUAAACGUCCUGUGAUAUAGGUGACGAAAACGACAGUCGAGCAAUUGAUAAUAAUUGACAUAUUAUUAUUCUCAUUUAUAAUGUCUUACCCCGUUUUAAAUCUCGGGAGCCUCAGUGGCGGUCUUUUCCCUCGCGGGCCACUAAGGUAGCACAGCCGUAUCUAUCAACACCGACCCGACUUUACGUCACGCACGUGACCCGCCCAAUGUCCACAACAGUCCUGAUUUCGGCACACAUAUUUCUGACAACUCUGUAUUUUUCCAGAUUCUCGGUUGCCCCGUGUUUGUAAUCCGCAUGCAAUUAAUAAUUAUCGUCCGUACUAUAUUUAUUUUCGUGACUGUUGUAAUUACACGCAAUAAGUACACACAAAUAUUAUGCAUCAUAAGACGAGCGUAUUUUUAUCGAGAUACAUAUUGUUUUUUUUUUACAUUUUUGGCGUCCUGGGGCACCGUUCCUAUGACGCCGUCUUAAAUUCCAAUUUCGAAUUUUUAGUUGCACACUUUACAUAUUGCAUAACACUCUGUGCUCUAAACACACUAUAGUUUAUGAACCGAUAGAGUAAACAGUGAUUUAGGCCGGUUAAUACAUACAAAAAAGCUUAUAUACAUAUCCAAGGCGGUUAGAAGUGAUUAGUUUUUUCAUACACUUAAAGCAAUAAGCCGGAAUAAAAUAAACAUACUUCCAGUAGUCUAAUUUAUGUUAUUGAAAAUUAUUUUAUUGGGGUAAACUUCUACUCAAUAUGUUUUCGAAAUUAAAAUCGGUCGAGUUGUAGUGGAUGGAUUUUACUCCAGUUUAUCGGUCUAAAACGUGCGGGUUACAUUAAAAAGUGGAAAAUAACUUUACAACGAACAUUUUACAAAAUCGGAAACAAUCGAGCAAAUAAUUAUCUGUUAUACCUAUAGAUCAUGUGCCGUGUAUUAGAACCGCGAUAAAAUCUAUGGUGUCAUCACGACGAUAGUAAUUAAUAGAUUUUAAUAAAAAAAAAUUGCCGUUUUACGACGUUAUCUCAAAAACGUAUUGUGACUUCCCCGGGCAAAAUCGCCCGGGGCCCAUGAACCCUCUCCCCUGCCCCCGAAAUACGCGCCUCCCGCGCAUUAAAACUGCGUAUUUUAUCAAAACACGCGGCUACGCCCCUGAUUACAGGUUUAAAGCGUUGGACACGGAAGCGUUCAGCUCGCUACUCACGGGCCAAACGCGAGACUCCGGCGGCACGAGCAUCGUGUCCAUUUCGACCAUAUCGCCGUCCGUGCACAUGCAAAUCAUGUUCAACUGUCCGUUCGCGGCCGGCCAAGAGAGCGGGUCGUUUGUGGUCAGACUGAAAUACGCCGACAACGGACGUACCGUUAUAGAAGAAGUACGACGGCACAAUAAUAAUAAUAAUAAUAACAAUAAUAUUAUUUCCGCGUUUUUAUUGCAUCGAAAAACGUGUAAUACAAUAAUAUACAUCGUGCCAGUACAAAAAAAAAAAAAAAAAAAAAAAUGAUAAUAAUCGUAUUGUACUGUGUUUUUUUUUUUUUAUUAUUAUUAUUCUCCCUUUGAAUAUUGCAGACCAUUAGAGUGGACAAGCUGACGAACGGUACGACCGUCGUCGAAUUACAAUCGCCCGUUACGUUUUCCGACUUGAACGCGUUGUCCAAACGCGAUCUGCUCGUCGUUCUGGAAGCCAAACAGUCGAAUUUCAAAUUGCAAGGGGUCGUCGCGCCCCGGGCGUCGUGCGAUAUUUACCAAACGCCGGUCGUGUCAAACGGCCACCAACUGGAUUCGAAAAAAGACAGGUGAGUGUUUGACGUUUUUCCCCGUCGCAUCCGCCGUUUAUGAUGAUAACAACUAUUGUUUUCCGCGGACGUGUUCAGUGGCACAAUAAAAGCUCGCAAACCUCUGGAGGAUUAAACACGGAUCCAUGGGGGUCUCUGCCUCUAUAUAUUUGGGAUGGUCUUCAGCUCCCCCCCCCUCGCCUCCUAAUCACGCCACCGGACAUUGGACGCGUACGGUGGUUGCGGCGGCGUGAAGUUUUUUUUCCCAACGAAGCGGUUUUAGUAGAAUCGCAAAAAUAAUCCGAGCCCAGAAAAACCGGAAAGUGUUUGUUACCGAGGCUAUACGUUCUCCCGUACGUUUACGUUUCCGUUGGCAUAACUUACGAUUUAUGACAAUGCGAUGCCGCCCACCCGCCCAUCAAUCGAAUUCGAUCGCGAAACAGCCGCUUCGUAGGACACCCGACAACGCCGCCACCGGAUGUACAUGUCCUAUUCGUCUAUACAUCUGCCCCUAUUUUGCUUUAAAACUGCACCAAAGUGCAUCGCCGCGUAUAUUAUUAUGGGAAAUGUUUAAUUAACGAACGUGAUACGUAUCCUAACAUUUUGUAUACGCCAUAAACACGGGAUCGUAUUAUUUAUUAUUAUUAUUAUUUUUUUUUUUUUUAAAAAUACUUUUGGCAGUCGCGAUCAAUUUGGCAAAACGCGGAUAAGUUAUAAUAUAGGUACCUAACUGUACACACACACACGGCGCACACGGAUCCUUUGAAAGGGAAACUAAGUUAUACGACUUGUCUCAAACGAAACCGCUACCGAUAAAUUUCGCGCGAAAUUAAAGUCGUAACGGCCGCGCGCGCGUGUGUGUACGGUGAGCGAACGGCCUCGGAUCGCUUGAAUUGUAUUAUUAUUUACGCCGCGUAACGCCAUCGGAAUCGACGUUAAUCGGCCCGGCUAAUGGCGGGCUCUGUCUUCUCGCAAUAACCGUUCCGUUUCCCAGUCGUUGGCCCGAGCGUACGCUACAACGCGAUUAGCAAUCGAUCCAGCGCGCCACUACUACGCACCCGGGUGGGUACCCAUAGUAUUGUAACGUGUGACACGCGACGAGACGAGAACGGUAUAAAUCUUUACAAUAUUUUUUAGUGGUGAAAACUCAUUUCGAAUAUAAUAGUAAUAAUACGAUUACGCUAGUACAAUAAUAAUAAUAUACAAUAUCCCGUGUCGAUUAACGAAGCGUGUACGCAAUAAUUCGAAUUGUCCACAUUGUCACCCGCCGUAUUCCACUGAUACAAGAGCGGCGGCGGCGGCUGCUGCAAAGAUGUAUGUCCGGCGAUUAUGUGCUCGGAAAUAAAUUAUUCGCUUAGCGGUUAUAACUAUCUGGCGUGGUUCCGAUCGUUUUGAAUAAUGCUCUUGUUUUUAAUGCGUUUUGGCAGAACCAGCGGCGCGGCUUGGGCGUUUAUUAAUAAGGACGGAGCGUUGGAGUAUCGUGUUAAAUUUGACAAUAACGCAGUUACCGAGUUGGCUAUUGGUGAGAUUACAAAAAUAGAUGCACUCGAUUUAACGCAAUCUCAUUAAACGCGAUCGUUUAAUUUCCCUCCUAAUAAUACGUAUAUUUGCCCGUAUAGUUUCUGGCGAAUCCCGCGUGUCGGCCCUCGACAUAUCCGAAUCCGUCGUUCAAAACUGGAGCAACGGGACCGUGUCCACCAUGGGCCCGGUGCAUUUGGAACAACUGUACGCCGAAGAGUUGAGUCUGUUCAGCGCGUCGUCCGGUUUUAAAGCGAGAUUCUCGUGGAGACCGGUGGCCGACUCCCGGGAUGCGGCGGGCGCCAUGCUGUUGUCCAGCCCCGACCAACGGCCUAUGGUCGGUCUGCUGUGGAUAACCGUGGACGCCGACUGCACCCUGCAAUACGAAGUAAAAUAUUGCGCUGUUAUUUCUUACCCGCCUAUAAUGUACAGUGCCCACCGCAUAGCCGUACACUCAGUCGCGCGUUUCGCCGCGUCUUUUAAACCGCCGAAAUAAUCCACAGGUCGUUCUGCAAGGAUCCAACGUGAAAGGUCGGCUUUUCGAACUGUACGUCGAAGACUCGCCGCUUUUAAUUCCCGGGGCGCCGGUUUUCAGGCGGCUCCUCGAAGAAUUCGAGGGACCGACGUUCGAAGGGUACACUAUCGGUUUGAGCCAAGAGGAAUUGUCGCGGCUCAACGUUAACAUCGUGCACGUGGACCUGUGGGACCCGAAACUGGGGCAGUCCGUGCUGAAAACCGAGUGGAAAUACGUUAGUUAUUCCGUCGAGUAAAUUAAACGUCGUUAAUUGUUUAUCAUUGAUUUAUUUGGCGUUGUGUGUACACCAUCAGGUUAAUGUCCCUGCAGUUUGUUACGCUCGUGACUCGGGCGACAACGAUUCGAACAAUAUACUUAUGAACAACGACGAAUCGGACCGUCAACCGGUCGCGCAGCUGAGCUGUUUGCACGGGCAAAAGUAUUAUCAACACGGUGCUCAAUGGACGUCGUUGGUAGACGAAUGUUACAUGUGCAACUGCCAUUACGGCAGGGUAACGUGCGAUGUUAUAAUUUGUCCGAUUGUCCAGUGUCUAGCGCCGGUGGCCAAAACAGGAACGUGUUGUCCGACGUGCGAUGGUAUCUACCUACUUAAACACUAUUAUAAGUUAACUAGAGACCGGAUUUCUAUCUAUAUGCUUUUAAAAUCUAUAGAAAACCACUUGAAAACAUCGUAAAUUACUUGAAAAACGCACUAAAAAAAUAUUUGAAAAAGCAAAAUUGAUAGAGGAGUUUAGGUUUCUCCACUAAUGAUUCUAACUUAGGGAUAAAAAUUAAGUUCCCUAACCCUAGGUACAAAAAUAAUUCACACAAAAUUAUUUCUUUUAAAUAAAAUCAUGCGUAUUAUAGAAAUAAUUACUUUUUAUUAAUCAAUUUUAUAGUGUUAGACAAUUUCAUUUGUAAGUUAAAUCCUUUAGAGGGAGGACUUUUAAACCCAUAAAUUAUUUUUGCUUUUUUUAAAUGUGUUUUUUUUUGUGGAUUUUAAGAGCAUACUAAUCUGGUCUUUAAUUAUAACAAUCAGUGCCGUAAUUAUGAGAGGUGUCCUGGGGUUAAACCCCCCCCCCAAUAUUCUUUUUAAUUCUAUUCAUUACUGAAUUAUUAUUACAUUACUUAAAUAUCGCAAAAUAUUUUAAAACUGCUUUGAAAAUGUCUAUCAUGGAUUAAUAAUAAUUGGAUAUCACCAAACGAUAAUAAUAUUAGGUUUAUGUGUAUUUCACGAAUAGUUUGUGAAUAUACGAAUAUACAAAAUUAAUUAAACUAAUAUGGGAAAUUACUGAGUCAAUUUAAGUGUUAAAUUAGUUUUAAUUUAUUCAUUAAAAUCGUUUAUAUUUUAUCCUGUCAUAAUUUUAUUAUAAUCAAAAAUUUAAGUAGCUAUCCUAUGAUUUUUUUUAUAAGAAAAUUACCGCUUAUAAGGUUUUAAGGUGUAUUAUAAUCAGGUAUGAAUUCGUGAUAAAGCUAUGUUAAUAUUUAUAGAGAAAAAGUAUUGCCAAGAGUCAAGACACCCCCCCCCCUAAAAAAAAAAUCCAAAAUACGCCACUGAUAACAAUAUACCUAUUAUUGCUUUAAACUAUUGUUGCCCGAUUUUAACGUGUCUAACUCAUAAUAGCAAACGCGUCGGAAAAUCAAAACAACUCGACCAAUUCGUGUUCGCUAGCCGGCCAACAGUUUCAAGCCGGCAGCAGUUGGCAUCCGUAUUUACCUCCGAACGGUUUCGAUACGUGUACCCUGUGUCAUUGUAACGUGAGUAUUAUUAUAAUAAUUCAACAAGGAAAGAAAAAGCGAUUAAUAAUCCUCGCCGAAUAUGUUGUACUUUUUUCCAGAAUACAUCGUUAAAAAUCAAAUGCCAACGGAUGGAUUGUCCGCCGUUGGAAUGUGACCAGAGAAUAGCUAUACGGCAGACAAAACGUUCAUGUUGUAAAGUUUGUCCGUCCUCGUUGCAAACUACCUCCAAACCGACGGGUCCGCUCGUUCAACUCGCCUUGAGCGACCAACAGAUGAACGGUGAAGUCAAUUCGGAAUCGGAAAUAUUGGCCAACGGGGGGUGCAGUUAUCCCGUCGGAGGACCGUACGAAAACGGCCAAGAAUGGCAUCCCAAAAUAUACUCGCACGGUGAAGUCAAAUGCAUUAAUUGUAAAUGCAAAGUAUGUAACUUUAAUGACGUACAGUAUUCGUAAUAAAUAAUAUGAAUGACAAUAAGUUAUCAAAUUUAAUAAAUUCAUAUCUUCCAAUGAAAAUUGAACACGAAAUAAUUGACUCAUUCGUGUAUAGUUAAUUUUAUAUCAAUACAAAUAGCCAAUAAUUUGAUAGAAUAUUUUAAUCUUUUAAACUACAAAAACCUGUAGACAAGUACCUAACUAAGCAACAUAAUUUCAUGAAAUGUAACCGUACCUACCAAAUUCAGCAAUGGAUUUAAUCAAGGAGGCUUAUGAAAUCAAUGGUCCCAAAUAAUACCAUGCGUAGCAAAAUUUGCACCAGGUUCCACGAAAAUGUACCAAUAAGUAGAAAAAAUCAUCACCAUCAUAAUGCUAUAAAUAUGCUAAAACCUGUCUGUCUGCGUUUACUCAAACAUUUAUCAUAAAAAUAUUUAAUUGCAGAACUUUUAACACUUUUAUUGGCGAUUCUCUGAUCACUGGUGUUCCGUGGUCAUAAGCGACUAGUAAAUGUGAACCUCUUGUGCCUCCCUAGAUAUGACUCUGGUUUCCAGUUGACCAUGUGGAUCGCUUCACUCGCCAACUUAGUUAAAUGCAAACUCAUUUCGCAAAAUAAACUUUAAUUUAUUGUGCAAAACUAUGUCGGGUAGAUUACAGGGGGGAAAAGUACAAUAAGAAAAUGUCUACUUUAUAAAGUAACAAAAAUAUUUUAGAAACCAAUGAUUAUUAUUAAUGUUAUUAUUUUUCCGAUUAUUACAUUUCUGUGUUUAAUUCAUCCCUUUUAAAUUAUACUUCCAUGUAAAUUGAGUGUUCAGUUAAAUUCUGAGUAUUGUGUUAUUUUAAUAGCAUAUUUUUUGCAGGACGGAAAUGUGAGAUGUGACCGUAAAAAAUGUCCCAAGUGGAAUUCGUGUUCAGAUCCUUGUUGCAAGUCUGUAUGUCGAAGACACAAACGACAACUAUUUAAAUUUUAAUUAUAACAUAACACAUUGUUCCUGAAUAAAAAAAAAAAGUAUAAUGACAAAUAAGUACAGAAUAAUAUUACAAAUUUUUAUAUUAUACAAUAACGAUAAGACUCAUUAAAUGAGCAGUCUUAGACUAAUGAUUAAUAUUAUUGUUUACCGAAAUCCAUAGACUGAUAUACAUAAUAUAUAUUAUUUUUCUUUUAAUGGGUAGCUGAUAUUAUGUAAUUGUCAGUAUUAAUUUAAGAAGUUUGAAUGUAAAUGUUAAAGUUUAAUAAAUAUUAACUUACUGUAAUAAUAUUGUAAAUAUGUAUUUUUUUUUUUUUUUAAUUAUUUAAAUUAUUAAAUUGUUGGCUGUCAUAAUGUGUAAUUUUUGUUCUCUUAUUAAAUUUUAGCAAGUCGUUAGUCGACUUCAUAUUAAUAUUUUAUUAAAAACUUGUUUUUGUUUUUAAAUAUGUACAAUUUUUUUUUAUACAUCAUAUAUUAUAUUAUAUUAAUAUUAAUAGAUAUAUUUUAAAAUUAAUAUAUAUUUACAAUUUAUUUUUUUACUUUAGACGGACAGUUUUUUGAGUUAAAUUGAAUACAUGUAUACAGUAUUGUUUUAUCAAUUUAAAGUCUUAAAAUUAAGCAACACAAGAAAAAAUUCAUUCAAACAUUUUGUUACCAUGGCAACAAUAAAUUAUAUAUACUUAAAAAUAAAUUUCUUUAAUACACAAAAAUUUAAUAAUACCGAUUUAUUUACUUUUAGGUAUAAUUUGAUGUUUAAUCUGAUUAUUUUGAACUGUGUUUGGCAGAAUAAUACCGCACUCCAUCUACUUUAGAAGCUCUAGCAUAUUUGGCCAAUAGACUAUUAACACUUAAUUUAUCAGUAGACAAAUUCCUAGGAAAAACAAUGUCUUAAAAAAUAUUUAACUAGGUAUUAGUUGUUGUUUGAUAAUAUUACUCGAGAAAUGGUCUUAUUUCGUCAAGUGUCCAUUUUUCUCGAACUUGAAACAAGUACUGCAUUCUAUCCAUUACAUCAUCCGGUAAGUCAUGUUCAUUGAAAUAACAUAUGGUUUGUGGGUGACUAGAUUCAUCAACAAGUACUGUACCAUUUAACUGUUUCAAACUUGUAGUCAUACCU